AUGAUAAGUGAAUGCCGAGCAUAUUAUCGCAAUGAUCCUAUACAAUCAGCUCAAAUCAAUGAAUUUGAACGUAAUUAUGAAUUAAAAGAUGCCAUCCGUUGGUAUACGAAACCAGGAUUUUUAUUUUAUCUCGUUAAUAAAGCUUUGCGUAGUCAGGAUAUGUGGGCUCUGUAUAAAUUUCGCUAUUAUAUUAUGGAUUUGUCUUACUUUCUGGAACAAAUCUCCACUUCACAAUCUUUGCCGCCUAUUCGUCUUUAUCGGGGAGCAAAACUUAAUCGAAUCGAAUUGGAACAGCUCCAAGUUGGUUGUCUUGUAUCAACUAACGGAUUCUUUUCAUGCUCGACUGAUCGCCGUGUAGCAGAAAUGUUCCUUGGUAUUGAUCCUAAUACUGAUAGUUCAUCAAAUUACAAACGAGAUGCUAGUCAACAAUCUGUGCUGUUUAUCAUCGAUGUGGAUUGCACAGUAUCUGAAAAAAAUGUAGUAGCAGAUAUUAGUCGUUACAGUGACAUACCCGAUGAAAACGAAAUGAUUUUUAACUUUGGAUCGACUUUCAUUAUCAAUGAAAUACGUUUAGACACCGAUAAAUGUAUAUGGUGCAUCCAGAUGAGUUCGUCCUCUGAUGCUGCUCAAAUUAAUGAAGGAUAUGAGAAGUAUAUUCAUACACGUCUUCAACACAUCAAUCCAAUAAUCAUGCUCGGUCAUGUUCUAGCCAAUAUAGGAGGCGAUUUGGGUCAUUGGAUGAACUAUUUUAAUCGUUUAUUGAGAAUUUUGCCCAUCGAUCAUGCUGAGCGACCCAAUGUUUUUUAUGUUCUAGGUAACAUAUUUCGAUUUAUUGAGAAAUUUCAGAAAUCUCUUCACUGUUAUCGAUGUGCUCGAUUACUGGUCCGUCGUAUGUUACCUGAGAGAAUGUUUGACUAUAUUCGCAUUAUUGGUGGAAUGGGUAAUAUCUACUCUUAUUUGGGAGAUUCUAAACAAGGAUUAAAGUUGCUUGAACAAGCUCUAGAGCUUCAGAAGAAAUCAUUUCCAGAUAAUCAUACAGAAAUUCCAUUUCAUUUGAAUCUGAUGGGUCAUGCUUAUUUCAGAGCUACGCAAUAUGACCGUGCACUCUUAACUCUCGAGAAAGCGAAAAAAUUCUUUGAGGAAAAAAUACCUAUUGAGCUUCAAGGAUAUGCUCAUACAUUACAUUUAAUGGGUUUAGUAUAUCGUGCUCUUGGAUCUGACGACGAAGCCUUGAUCGCUUUUCAAGCGGCAUUACGUAGAAGAUAUUCACUACUUGGUAAAGAUCAUCCUCAUCUUGCUUCGACUUAUUAUCAAAUCAGUCUACUACACUACGAUCGUGGUCAAUAUGAAGAAGCAUUUAAUUAUGUACAAGAAGCUUUGAAUAUACAAUUGAUCAAAUUACCACACUGCCAUUCGGAGUCAAAAUUGUCGAAAGAACUUCUAAUGUGCAUUCGACAACACAUGUAG